GGAAAGAAGGAAAGAAGGAAGGAAAGAAGGAGGGAAGGAAAGAAAGAAGGAAAGAAGGAAGGAAAGAAGGAGGGAAGGAAAGAAAGAAGGAAAGAAGGAAGGAAAGAAGGAGGGAAGGAAAGAAAGAAGGAAAGAAGGAAGGAAAGAAAGAAAGAAGGAAGGAAAGAAGGAAGGAAAGAAGGAGGGAAGGAAAGAAAGAAGGAAAGAAGGAAGGAAAGAAGGAGGGAAGGAAAGAAAGAAGGAAAGAAGGAAGGAAAGAAAGAAAGAAGGAAAGAAGGAAAGAAAGAAGGAAAGAAGGAAGGAAAGAAGGAAGGAAAGAAGGAAGGAAAGAAGGAAGGUGCCCGUCCUGGACACGCCAUGGCCGCCCGCACCGUGCCCCACGCCUACCCCAUGAGCUCCGAGUAUGAGUUCGCCAACCCCAGCAAGAUCUACGACCAGAACUUUGGAGAAGGUGUGUCCCCAUCGGAGAUUUUAGCCCCUGCCCUGUACCACGGCUACUACAUCCGGCCCCGGAUCAACAAGCAGCUGGAGAGGGGCACCUCGGAGAUCUGCCUGAACGAGCACAAGUUCCAGGUGUUCCUGGACGUCUGCCAGUUCCUGCCCGACGAGCUCAGCGUGCGCACCGUGGACAACCUGCUGGAGGUGGCGGGGCAGCACCCGCAGAAGGCUGACCGCCACGGCUUCGUCUCCAGGGAGUUCACCAGGACCUACAUCCUGCCCCUGGACGUGGAUCCCUUGCUGGUCAGGGCCACCCUGUCCCACGAUGGCAUCCUGAGCAUUGUGGCUCCCCGGACGGGCAAGGAGGUGAAGGCCAGAGUCAACGAGGUGAAGAUAACCCAGCAGGAGCAGCCAGUGGGGAAAGAAGAACAGGCUGAGGAAGGAAAAGAGAAGGAAACAUCCUAAAGGCCGCAGAUCUGGGAAGGUGGGGGGGACAGGGAUGGGGAAUCCGCAGUGCCAGACCCCUGUUUCUCACCAUCAGUGUUUAGCAGGGCGCUGAGGCAGCCACACUUCUGCUGCUCGAGGCUGAUGGCUGGGAACAAAAGGGACCUGGAACUGGAAAAAAAGAGUGGGACUGAAGUGUGAGGGUGAGUGACUGUAAUGCAAGUCUUCUUCUAGGCCAGGUGACCGUGAAGGGAGCUCUGCUCUCACCCAGGGUCACUCCUACCCUGAACGGUGAGGCUGUGUCUCAAUGGACUGCGCUCCAGUCCAGAAGGGCACUGGGAAGACAGAAAAGGGGAUCCCAGUGCCUGGCUUCUGAGCUGGAGGCUGAGAUUCGUGGCUGUGCAAGGUGGGUGUUGCUGUGUAAAAGUGCCUGCAGCAAUCAGGAGGAGAGGGGAAUAAAUCUGCCUCUGCUCUUGUCUUGUUUGCCUCGGAUUCGUGUUGCUCCUGUGCAGCAGGAAGGAUGGACAGUGCCCAGCUGGGGCUGAGCUCACCUGUGGAAGUGGCACCAGUGGGGACAUGGAGGGACUGUGGCCACCUCUGGGCCUCACCCCCUGGCCCAGCUGCUGGUUUAGGGAGCCCAGAGUGAAGUGACCUCAAGGACAAAAAGGUGAGGAGUGAUGAGCCCUUGGAAGGUCCCUGAGCAUCUCCAGAGCUGCAGCUGGAAUGAGCCCGAGUUAAUGGGGCACAGAUUAAUGCCCAGCCACAGCCUGUGCCUGCUCAGCCCUUUAGUUACAUCCUUCCCACACAGACCUCUGUGGGGGGACUGAACCCAAAACACUGAAGGGAGAGGCUCUGCUCAGCCCCCAGUUGCCUUGCUGGCGCCCCAGCCCCGUCUGUGAAGGCAGGGAGGGGCUGGUUUGGCCCCUUUUGCAGACACACUGUGAUGCUACGUGAGCAAUGUCCCCGUGGUCUCGUGACGGGGACAGGGAUCGUGUGUGCUGCUGGCGCUGGCAGCGGCCCCGGGGCUCAGCAGGUGACAGUUGCCACCCUUGUGUCGUCAGGGCCGAGCCAGGCACACAAAA